CACUCCUUUUCCCUCAUGGAGUCAUCUGUGCUCUUUGCCAUGGCGAUGGACCGCUUCCUGGCUAUCAAAUCCCCCCUGAGGUACUCUGAGCUGCUGAGCACUACCAGAGUCACACAAAUUGGCCUUGCCCUCCUUCUGAGGAGCACACUAAUUUUAAUGCCCCCCUUCUUUUUCCUUGCAAAGUUCCACUACCACCCCGCUGCUAGACUGUCCCAUCCCUACUGUCUGCACCAGGACCUGAUUCGCUUGGCUUCCAGUGACACCACUUUCAACAACAUUUAUGCCCUCAGCCUUAUCCUCCUCACCAUGGGCUCAGACCUCCUCUUCAUUCUCAUUUCCUACAGCCUAAUCCUGAAGGCAGUCCUGGGCAUGGCCUCCAGUGGACGCAGCCCUCUCAAGGCCCUGAGCACCUGCAUCACUCACAUCUGUGCUGUCCUAGUCUUCUACAUUCCUGUGCUUGGGCUCUCUAUCGUGCACCGGUUUGCGCAGCAUGCAUCUCCGCUCCUCCACGUCCUCAUGGGCAACAUCUACAUCCUCUUCCCGCCCCUUAUGAAUCCUCUAAUUUACAGCAUCAAAACCAAGGAGAUCUCUAGCCAUCUCCUCCGAAUGCUCAGGAACCUCUGGAAGAUUUAG